AUGUCUGGGGUUCAGCUACCUGCGCAGCUCGAAGCUGCCGAAGGCAUUCCGAUUGCGCAAUUGAGCCCCAAUAUACAGGAUCCCAAAAAGCGUGUCGCGCGGGGUGUCGUUACCAUCACAUGGCCCUACAGUAUUGUCAAGAAGACGAUUGCUUUCCUCCUCGCCGAGCCUGAUUAUCGACUUCGUCGCGCCAAGGGCCAAGUGCGCGUCGAGUUUGAUGGACCAAGCGCCAAGGCAAUUUCCGAAGCAGCUCUUGGAAGUGGCGAUGAAAUUACACUGUCGUUGGAUGGAGUCGAGUUCGUUGUGGACGACUCCAAGACGCGUGUUCCGGGGACAAGUCUGGAUUGGCAGUUGAGGUUCACGGAGAGGGUGCUCCUUCAGGCCAAAAUCAGCGACUCUGACGACGUAAGGGUCAUUAAUGUCGAUCACCCUGUCCAACCCGAACCAGAGCCCGAACUUGAGCUGUCACAGGCAGCCCUCGACCCGUUUACUGAGAAAGAGAAGACACCCGAGAGAAUAACAACACCUAUUUCGCACUCUAGCAAGAGACCCAUCGAUCAGAGCGUUGUGGCGGACGAAUAUGCUUCGCCUGCAUUUCUCAAGCGCGCUCGGAUGUCGUAUGGGUCUUUGUUUGAUGGCGGCAUGGAUAUUUUUGACGAAGAUGUCGCCGCAAGAGUGCGUUCCAAGAAGCGACCGAAAUCUAGCCGAUACAGCGAAGUCUGGAGAUAUGCUAGUCAAUCGCCAAGCCCCGAGCCGGAGAACCCUGAAGAGGAGAAGAGCGAAGAUACGCCAAUGGUGGAGGAACAACCGGCGGAGCAACCGGCGGUAGCCACGCCUUCGCGGCCGAAGAUGGUCGACGAUGGCUGCCAGACAAUCGAGCGGGAUAUGAGCCCCCUCAUGGAUGUUCAGGUUGCUGCGGAGGCUCGCGAGAACGCAUCGUACUGGCAGACACCUUCAAAAUCAACAAUGGUCGACUCAGGGGUUCAGUCUGAUCUACACCACAGUCCAGAUGUUGAGCUACCUCCAGGUCUCUCGUUUGGACAGCAUGCGCCAAUGCCCAUGUUUACCUCGGCUCACGAACAACAUACGCCAGCUUUUGAGCAGCCAUCCCUCGGCCCGGUGUUUGGCCAUGAUCUCCAGGGAGGCAUGGAGCCACAUUACGGCGCUGAAGGGCCAUUCCAUGAGCAUCCGAGCGCAUACCCCGAAGCUGGGCUCGAUCACGGUCUUGAUACACAUAGCCAUUACCCGGCAUCUUUUCUCGAUGGUCCCAACUUUGGACCUCAUGCCGCACUCACGUCACAGCCUGUGCCUGAGUCAAUAGCCGCGUAUCAAGACCAUCCGCAACAGCAUAGCCUUGAAGGGGAACGCCACACAGUCGUCAUAGACGCUGUUAUCGAGCCUCAGCAAGUUCCAUGGGGGCUUACAUCCACACACUAUUCCAGGCCGCCUGUGCGAUCUGGAGAUGCAGCAGCUGAGGGACAGGAGGCAGGGCAGCGAUCUGAGACACAAGCCAUGUCCAGCGAUAGCUGGGCCGAAGAGCGCGAGAUCCCCAUCAAAGAAAAUCCCGAGGAUCCAGAAGGCGAGCAGGCGGCUUUGAAAGUGGAAGAAGACCAUGCUUCGGAGGACGAAGAUGGCCCCGAGCAGGAACUUCCUUCGGGGACGCACGCCGAGAGACCCUACGAGCAUGCAGAGAACGAAGCUGUAGCAGGCGAGCAAGAAGGCAGCAACAGUAGUGGCAGCAGCAGCAGCAGCAGCGAAGACAGUGAAGAUGAAGCCGAGCACGAUGCCGACGAUGCUGGCGGAGACUAUGACAUUACCAAUUACCGCAAUCUCAGCAACAACCAGGAUGACGACGACGGUAUAGAUUUAGAGUCGGACUAUGGUCAAGAGGAAGAUGACAAAAUUCUUGAGCCUGAACUUCAGGAUAAUGAGGAAGAUGAGCUUGAAGAGAACGUCGAGAACUAUGGAGAAGAAUAUGAUGAAUACGACGAGGAGGAGGAAGAAGACGAGGAGGACGAAGACGAGGAGGACGAGGACGAGGAGGGCGAAGACGAGGAAAAUCAGCCACCGCCCACUGCACCACGAGGAGGAGCGCCGGAGAUAAUCAGUCUGCUUUCGGAUUCCGAGGACGAGGAGGAGGACGAGGCUCCGCCUUCCCGACACACUCCCGCUCAACCGCGACAGAUGCCACAGUACGACGGGUCCACUGACGAAAUGGAAAAAGACGAUCCGAGCGAUACGGACGAGAGCGAAGCAAAGUCCGCCAGCAAUGAAGAUGACCAACAAAUCUCCUCUGACUCGUCGGGCGAGGAGAGUGAGGAGGAGGCAUCCCGUGAGGGCACGCCAACACCGAUGUUCCGUUCAAUGUCUUCGAGAUCUGCUUUUGAUGCACCGGAGUUGACAUCAGCGACGCUUGGUGACGAUCUCGAAACGAUGAGUCCCAUCAAGCUGCCACAGGCCACGAGCCUCCGCCGAAGCUCUUCCCGGCCCAGCUCAAGGCGUGACUCGGACGUACUUGCGGCAGACUUGGAGAAGGGAUUGGAGGAGGACUUGGCCGCGGACGACCUCCAGGGUGACCGGAAAACUCCAGAGCGGACAGACAUUGAAACAAACAUGGGCUUGGACGAUAGAGUUACGGAGACGGAAUCUGUGCCUUUUGCAAUAAUCCCAGCCGACCUUAACACGGAACAACAGGCAUCGUUGCGCGAAGAUUUCGCCAUUCAAGAGGAAUCCGAGGCACAAGACCAAGAACCCCAGACUCAACCGCACCAGCCAGCCGUCGAGAGCAGACACACGCCGACGGAUGGGACGGACGAGGGGACCAAAGAUUCAGUGAAUGAAGAAUCAAGUAUCCCAGCCGACGAAAACUCGCAAGUCCCUGUGGACAGCAAUCAGACUCUUCUGUCCCACCCAGUUACAAUGGAAACCGAAAGCGAACAGAUACCGGUCUUGCCGGGAUCCGAGACGAGCAAAAAUACCGAAUCCCAAGUUGGAGACACCCUCCCUUCCGACCAUGCUGUGAACAAAAUCGAUGCUCAAAAAUCGCCGGAAGAGUCAGUUAUCAAUUUCAAGGAGGCUCAUGGUGUCCAAACUGAGAAGACAUACGUCGACUCUGAUAAGGGCAUCCAUGCCGUUACCGAUGAUCAACCGACGCGAGAGGUCGAAAUGAAGGUGGCUGAGGCCGUUGAAGUACAAACGGAAAAUACUCAAUCCGAAAAAGUUGUUGGCCAAGAGGUGGUCGAAGAACCAACAUCGGACAUGCUCGAAGCCGAAGUAACCGACAGCAACGUUGAAAUUUCAGAGGUUCAGUUGAAAGAGGGCGAACCCCUUGAGGACGACCGAGGCAUUACUAUGGAACAAGAAUCCGCCAUCGAGUCUGAGAUCGAUACAGGAGUCACAAAUUUCCCCGACACUCCGGUCGAGGUAGAUAUGGAGUCUAUCAGCGGGGACUCCCCUAGCCCUGCUGAUGUGGACAUGGCUGACACUGAAGCGAUGUUCGUUGACGAGACGAGAGAUGAAGACUCGGAUGUGGAUAUGGAUGAAAUGACCGAGGAGCAGCUCAUCCAAACCCAGCUCCAAGAGGAGUCAAUGAUAUUUGAGGAUCAAACAGUCACAACUAUCACGACGCUGCAGACGGUUGAGGAGCGGUCAGUCUCACAAGACAGCGAGACAGCUGGCGACGCGAAUUCUGCCUCAGAGACUGAGAUUAUUGAAAUAUCACGUGUGACGGUUGAGACCUCUGUCACCGAGCCCCAGGCUGCUACUGACGAGGGCUUGCCUGAGGCAGCAUCUGAAGACGUAAUGGAUAUGGAUCGUCCGGAUGAUACCAUAUCAAACGAGAUGGCGCCGUCUCCUGCAAUGGAACAUGGCGAGGUCGAGCUUGUUGAGACGCGAAGCCCGCAAAGCAGCGAGCAGCUCGACAUGCAGGAUGAUGAUGUGCAGCUGCCCACACUGGGUGGAUCGCAACAAGCUGAAAACAUCUCGCAGUCUUUCGUCGAGACCCAGGCCACAGAGACCACAGAGAUCCCAGAGGCCAAUACUCAGGUCACUGUGCCAGAGGUUGAUGGUGAGGCUCCAUCGCAGAUUUGGGUCUCUAUGUCAGAAGAUGAGAGGCAGUUGCAGGCUCAGAAGAAACCGGAGAACCAAGCAGCAGCACCCACAGACCCGGCCCAAUCUCGACAAACCAUCGAGCCUUCCCUGGAGGCAUCAUAUGAAGCCGAUGUGACUUCACCUACUAACGACGAGUUAUCACAAAUCCGAGACUCGUCGGCACAACCGUCCGAGGCGCAGCCGUCUCUUAUCGCCGAGGAUGCCUCGGAGGAAGUCCACGCCGCGCAGCCAUCUCCGAGGCGAGCCCGCGGACACCGAAGGGACGGGUCGGAUACUACCAACAAGGAUCAGGAUCCUAGCGUCACAUUAGCCCGUGCGUCCAUUGCAUCGCGACGGUCGACGCGCCUAUCAGACCGCACGACCCCUGAUAGCACGCGAGUUACCGGUGCAAGAUCACAGAGUCUGGUAUUGAAGAGCGAUUCGCCAGAUGGUGAAGACGAUAGCGUGCAGCUCGCGAGGAGCGCCAUCAAGUCACCAUCGCGGGCUUCCAAGAUGAAGGAGCCCAAGGAGAGGGAUGUCGCUAAGUCGAAGCAGAGCAAACGAGAGGCAACACCGAAAGAGGCUGCCGAGCAGACGCCCGCUGCUGUCAAGGUGCAGCUCACGAGAUCGCUGCGCGUCGACGUGCCAGACUGCAUUUCGCUCAAGGUGCUCCGGAAUCAUCCGGGCAAGACCGUGGAUGUGUUCGCGGUUACGACGACAGAACCGCCCGAGGCCAAGCGCGCCAAGGGAGGUCCACGGGGAAUCAUGCUGGCAUUCAACAUCACAGACCACUCGAUCGCGCCCGCGCAGACGGUCGCGGUGCAGAUUUUCCGACCGCACAAGGCAGCGCUGCCAGUGGUACACCCGGGCGACGUGAUCCUGCUGCGCAAUUUUAGCGUCAUGGUGCUGACGGGCCGCGGGUUUGGGCUCCGGGCCAACGAUGGGUCCAGCUGGGCCGUCUUCGAGCGCGAGGGCCAGGACGACCUACCGCAGAUUCGGGGGCCGCCGGUGGAGCUGACGAAGGGGGAGGCGUCGUAUGCGGCUCUGUUGAAGCAGUGGUACGCCGGCCUAGACGCGAAGUCGCUCGCGCGGUUGAAUAAGGCUAACGAGGCGGCGCCGGCGGUUGGCCAGUAA